AUGUAAAAGUGUGUAUUUUGUAGAGACCCAGGAGAAAUCCAGCAAAUUCAAAAUUUCUCUUAUGCUACUCUCAAGUUUUUAGGAAGGCUUAAUUUUUUAAGUUCACAGUAUUAUUUGACCAACCUUCUCAAUUCUUAGGCAUAUGCAUCAAAGUGUAAAUUUUUGAUUAAAAGUUUUUUGUAGGCUCUAUUUCCAACCAAUUAAAAUAUAAUGA